CAUCCGUCGCACGCGGGAUUCCGCAGUUCAUACAGGAUACAGAUCAUUGAUGAUGUUGCCAUAGUGAUGUCCCGCCCUCCUCCAGACCCGCUGUACAUCCUGAGGGGUUCAGGGGCCUCAGUGAACAGCCUGCACUUCUGCUGUGGUGGGGAUGGACCACCACUUCUCUACUCUGGGUCAGGUAAAGGUGCAAUCCAUUUGUGGAACCUGACCACCAGGAGAGCAGAGCGCGUUCUAGAGAGCCAUGGUGGAAACUCUGUUAUCUGGCUCCACACUUUCAAAGACAGCAGAAGCAGAUUCAUCAGUCAGGGUCGGGACAUGCGAGUGUGCAUGUGGGAUGUGUCUGAGGACCGCAGCACAGUGACGGACUCUCUCUUCACGGGCAGUGUGGGAUUCUGUCAGUGCUCUCUGCUGGAGACCCGACCUGGAGCCGCUCUACUGGCCCACCCCACAGGACACAUGGAGGAGGUGAGUGUGGUGGAGAUGAGGAGCUGGACUCCAGUUUGCUCUCUUAAACCAGAUUCAAAGCUGGGGAUGCUCAUGUGUAUGAAGAUAUGGCAGGCGGAUUCUGGUCCGGUUCUGUGUGCCGGCUAUGAGGACGGCUCUCUGGUGUUAUGGGAUGUUUCCCAUCGCCGUCCGCUCAGCUGUCUGAAGGCACAUCCUGAGCCAGUCAUGUGUCUGGACAUUGAUGUAUGCAAGCAGAAAGGCAUCUCAGGGUCUUCAGAGAAAAUUCUCCAAUCCUGGACACUUGACAGCCAGCAAAACCUUCAGAUGCACGACUCUGUUCAGAUGACCAAUCCUGGGGUCUCCCAGCUGCGCGUCCGUGCCGACGGAAAGAUCCUCGCUACGGCGGGAUGGGACAACAACAUCAGAGUGUUUGGCUGGAAGAAGCUGAAGCCACUGGCUGUUCUGCAACAUCAUACUGACAUGGUGAAUAGUGUGGCCUUCUCAGACCAUCAGGACCCCCCACAGAGACUUUUGGCCGCAGGGUCCAAGGACCAGCGGAUCAGUGUGUGGUCUAUAUAUAGCGAAAGUUGAGUUUGAAAGACAGAGGCCCAUUUUACCGUUUCCUUCAAACUGAUUGUUGCAAAUUACUCUGACUUUAUUUACAUACUUGAACGUGUGCUAAUAUAUUUUCUUUGAAUGAGAGCGCCUAAAUUAGUGGCUGACUGCCAUUCGGAGGCGGAGCUACAAUAUAGUCCCACUUAGCAAGAUGUGAAGCAAUUUUUCUUUAUUACUUCCUUUUUUGUAUAAUACUUUGAGAGAUCUAAGAGCUUUCUGACCCUGCGUAGACAGUAACACAACUGACACGUCCAUGCGUUGUGGUACUCUCGUGAAUGCACGGUGAAGAUUGACAUGGAAAAGAAGAAAUUGUUUCAUAGAGUCGUUAUUUUUGUUUUCUUUGCGCACAAAAAGUAUUCUCAUAGCUUCAUAACAUUACGGUUGAACCACUGAUGUCACAUGGACUAUUUUAACGAUGUCCUUACUACCUUUCUGGCCCUGGAACGUGUUCGUUGUGUUGCCGUCUAUACAGGGUCAGAAAGCAUAGACAUCAAAAAUAUCUUAAUUUGUGUUCCGAAGGUGAAUGGAAUGACAUGAGGGUGAAUAGUUAAUGACAGAAUUUUCAUUUUUGGGUGAAUUAUUCCUUUAAGUAAGGUUGGGAAAUGAGAUUCAAUUCUUAUUCCAAACAUGUUCCAUUUUUUUUUUUUUUUUUUUUUAAAUCCAGAAUGGUUAAUAUGAAUCACUUUUGGUUCAGGUAACAAUUUCGAAUGAAUGACUCUUAUGAACUGCUUCUUUUUUUAGGAAGUCAAACAAAACAGUUUGACCAGUGUAGUUUGCGGUUUAUAUGUGAAAGUCAAGUUUGAAAGCUAGAGGCCCACUUUACUAUUUCCUUCAAACUGAUUGUUGCAAAUUACUGACUUUAUUUACAUACUUAAACAUGGUGCUAAUAUAGUUGAAGUCAAAAGUUUGCAUACACCUUGCAGAAUCUGCUAAAUGUUAAUUAUUUUACCAAAAUAAGAGGGAUCAUACAAAUGUAUGUUAUUUUUUUAUUUAGUACCGACCUGAACAAGAUAUUUCACAUAAAAGACGUUUACAUAUAGUCCACAAGAGAAAAUAAUAGAUCAAUUUAUAAAAAUGACCCUGUUCAAAAGAUUACAUACACUUGAUUUUAAAUACUGUGUUGUUACUUGAAUGAUUCACAAGUCGCUUGUUUGUCCUGAACAGUUAAACUGCCUGCUGUUCUUCAGAAAAAUCCUUCAGGUCCCACAAAUUCUUUGGUUUUUCAGCAUUUUUGUGUAUUUGAACACUUUCCAACAAUGACUCUAUGAUUUUGAGAUCCAUCUUUUCACACUGAGGCAACAGAGGGACUCAUGUGCAACUAUUACAGAAGGUUCAAAUGUUCACUGAUGCUUCAGAAAGAAAAACGAUGCAAUAAGAACCAGGGAGUGAAAACUUUUUUGAAGAUCAGGGUAAAUGUAACUUAUUUUGUCUUUUGGGAAACGUAAAUAUCUUCUGUAGCUUCUGAAGUGAAGUAGUAAAUGAAGAAAAUAUGAAAUUUAGGGAAAAUAAGAAAAAUGUGCACAUCAUUUUGUUCAAAAGUUUACACCCCUGGCUCUUAAUGUAUUGUUUUUCCUUCUGAGGCAUCAGUGAGUGUUUGAACCUUCUGUAACAGUUACAAAUGAGUCCCUCAGUUCCUCACUCCCUCAACCAUCACCAAACCAAAAAAAAAAAAAAAACACAGCUGUGGAUCAUUCAGGUAACAAGUAUUAAGAAUCAAAUGUAUGUAAACUUUUGUUUUGACCAGGG